AUGUCUCCUACGAUUAAGCCAAUCCAACUAUAUGGAGGGGUUCUCGGACCCAACCCCCUGAAAGUCGGCAUCGUCCUUGCCAUCCUCGACCUCCCCCACGAAGCCAUCCACGUCGGUUUCGACAAGGUCAAAGGACCCGAAUACGUCGCAGUUAACCCCAAUGGUCGUCUCCCAGCCAUCCAUGACCCCAACACCGGCCUUACAAUCUGGGAAUCUGGCGCUAUUAUCGAAUAUCUCAUCGAGCGCUACGACACCGAAGAGCCCCAGAAGCUGAGCUUCCCCAGAUUCAGCGCCGAGGCCGAAGAAGCUCGCUCCUUCCUCUAUCUCCAGGCGACCGGUCAGGGUCCCUACUAUGGCCAGGCUUAUUGGUUCAUUAAAUAUCAUGGCGAGAAGGUCCAGUCUGCUGUUGAUCGCUAUGUCAAUGAGGCUAAGCGUGUGACGGGGGUUCUUGAGGCGCGCCUUGCCAAGCAGAAGGAGGCAAACAAGGAUAAUCUUGAAAAUGGGCCUUGGCUGGUUGGGAAUAAGGUUUCGUAUGCGGAUGUUUCGUUUAUUCCUUGGCAGCGAGCUGCGUCUUCCGCCUUAACUGAGAAUGGUUUCAGUGAGGAGGAAUUCCCUCUUGUCAGGGACUGGCUUCAGCGCAUGUAUGCUCAGAAGGGAGUUCAGGCUGUCUUGGACUCGGCGGAUGAGCAGAUGGCUGAGAUGAGGAAAGGAGGAAAACACUGA